AUGCCCUCCGACCUCCCCGAGAUGGAGUACCGCUUCCUGGGGCGCUCCGGGCUGCAAAUCUCCGCCAUCUCGCUCGGUGGCUGGCUGACUUACGGCGGACACGUCGGAGAUGAGAAGACGUUUGUGUGCCUGAAAGCCGCGUUUGACGCGGGCGUGAACUUCUUCGACUGCGCGGAGGGGUACGCGGGGGGCGAGAGCGAGAAGGUGAUGGGGCGGGCGAUCCAGCAUUUCGGGUGGAAUCGCAAUGAUAUUGUUGUGUCGACGAAGAUCUACUGGGGCACGCACAACUCGGCCCUCCCCUCGCCACGGAACAAGAUCAACAACCUCGGUCUCUCACGCAAACACCUCAUCGAAGCUACGGCCGCCUCACUCUCACGUCUCCAACUUGACUACGUUGACAUCCUGUACGCGCACCGUCCCGACCGCCACACACCCAUUGAAGAAACAGUGCGCGCCUUCAACCACCUAAUCGACACGGGAAAAACGCUAUACUGGGGCACCAGCGAAUGGCUAGCCAGCGAGAUCGAGCAAGCAUGGGCGGUGGCGGACCGUCUGGGGCUGAUUGGGCCGGUGGUCGAGCAGCCCGGGUACAGUCUGCUGCGGCGGGAGAAAGUGGACGAGGAGUUUGCGAAUGCGGGAUUGUAUGCAAGGAGGGGGUUGGGGUUGACUAUAUUCUCGCCGCUGGGGGGCGGGUUGCUGACGGGGAAGUAUGUCGAUGGUGUGCCGGAGGAUUCGCGGCUUAAGACGUCGGAUGAUCCGUAUAUUCAGUCUGUUAUUAAGACGGUGGGGACACCGGAGUGGGAUGCCCAGCAGGAUAAGAUUAGGAAGCUUAUGGGGAUUGCAAAGGGGCUAGGUACGGAUGUUGCGACGCUGAGUAUGGCGUGGGUGUUGAGCAAUAAGGAUGUGUCGAGUGCGAUUACGGGGGCGAGUCGGCCGGAGCAGAUCUGGCAGAGCGUUAGGGCGUUGGAUGUUUAUCGGACGCUGAAGUCGGAGACGAUGGAGGAGAUCGAGAAGGUGAUGGGGAACAAACCUGCGGAUCUGACGAUGAGGUUUGGGUAG